AUGACCAAGAACGGCAACAGAUGGCCAGCUGGCUUUGCUCAACUGAUUAUGCAUCAGAGCAAAGUGGAUAUCUACGUCAACGACAAGACGGAACUGGACAGUGGCUAUUCGAAACGAAUGAGUUCCGUCAGAAAGACGAUACUUACGGCUAUUGUGGUUGACUACCUUCGAGAGAAACACGGAUCGAACGAAGCCAUUGGUCUUGCCUAUGUCUUCUGUAAUUUUCACCAGCAGCAGAGCCAGAAAUUAGACAGUGUUCUGGCAAAUAUUCUGGGGCAGUUAAUCCGAGGGUUGUACCACAUCUCUGAGGAGAUUCGAGACUUUUACAAAAAUUAUCAACGCACUCAGAUGCGGCCACGCCUCAAUGAUAUUGUCAAGAUGCUGGGUACAGUUUCUGGGCUGUAUUCCCAUGUGUACGUGGUCAUUGACGCAUUGGAUGAAUGCUCAAACUCGGAUCGCAUGCGGGACCAUCUAAUUUCACAUAUCCUUGACCUUCAACGAGACUUCAACAUUAGCUUCAUGGCAACUGCCAGAUUUAUUCCAGAGAUUACCGUGAAGUUUGAGAGAUUCCCGUCACUGGAAAUUCAAGCCAGUGAUGCAGAUAUCAGACGAUAUGCCGAAGGCAACUUACCUUCCAGUGUGAGGCGAAGGCCACAAGUCCAGAAGCUUAUCGUCUCAGAAAUUGUCAGAAAGGUCGAUGGGAUGUUUCUACUCGCGAGACUCUAUCUGGAUUCUCUGAAGGGAAAGUGCACUACCAGAGAUAUAAAGAAUGCUCUCAGCAACUUCAAGACUGGAUCUGACGCAUAUGAUCAUGCAUAUGAGAAAGCAAUGGAGCAGGUUGAACAGCAAAUAGCAGAUCGAGCACAACUCGCAAAGCGAUUACUGGCUUGGCUUACCUGUGCUGAGCGUGCCCUCACCCUCACAGAACUUCAGCAUGCUCUCGCUGUCGUGAUUAGCGAGAGCUCAUUUGAUGAGGAAAAUUUACCAGAUGUCGAAGAUAUGAUUUCCUCAUGUGCGGGGCUGGUCACAUACAAUGAGGAGAACCAUAUCAUCAGGUUGGUUCAUUAUACAACACAAGAAUAUCUCCAUAAGACAUGGGCCUUCUGGUUUCCCAAUGCUCACCGUGAGAUCGGUGAAGCGUGCGUCACCUAUCUUGCCUAUGAUGACUUUGAAGAUGGAAUAUGCAAGUCUGAAUACCAUUAUGACGAAAGGCUUCGGAAAUAUCCUCUAUAUCAGUACGCAGCAACGAAUUGGGGACGUCAUGCCGGGAAGCAACCCCCCAAACUCCCACUUACCCUUAACUUGUUGAAUAGCAAUCAGAAGUUGGCCGCCUGUUGGCAAGCCUGGACUACUUACCAUUAUGAAUUCAUUGAUGAUAUGUCGGAACAAAGAAUGGGCCUUCACGUGGCAGCCGAGUUUGGUCUCGAGCGUGAGGCCGGAGCGCUGCUAAGGCUGGGCCAUCUGGUUGAUGAGGUCGACUCUCUGGGCUCUACACCCUUGCUCAAAGCCGUUCGGAAUGGGCAUGAACGUGUGGUCAGGCUUCUGAUAGAGAAUGGUGCCAGUCCUCUUUACAAGGAUGAUGAGGGGGACACAGUCCUCUCUGUCGCAGCUGAAGGAGGACAUCAAUCAUUAGUCAAGAUCUUGAUCGAUGUUGGAGUAGAUGUCAACUUUGGAGAUAAAUAUGGGCCCAGCGCGCCGCCAUGUGCUGCUGCAACGACUCAUGAAGGUGUAGUCAGACUGCCGCUGGACGCUGCCGCGGAUGUCAAUGACCCAGGCCUUACUCCGUUAUCAAGGGCAGCGGCAAAUGGUCUUCGGACUGUGGACCAACUCUGGAUUUACACAGGACCUGAAAUCAACAAUCGAAAGAGACCAGGACAGAGUCCACUGCGCCGUUCUGCCGAAAAAGGACAUCGAGAGGUUGUGGAGAUGUUGCUCAAUCAGGGCGCUGAACCGGAUCUUUUAGAUCGUUCCGGGUCAACCCCACUGAUGGAGGCGUCAUCCAAUGGGCACACAGAUGUGGUAUCCCUUCUUCUUGGAGCGGGCGCACAGCCGAAUUUGUUCUUCCGCAGGUCCACCGCGUUAGGAUACGCUGUUCGGCACUCCCAGAAGGCUGUGGUACAACUACUUCUGGCCCAUGGUGCGGAUCCUAAUGUCCCUCCUGAUGCUCCUGGUCGAAAUUCGCCUUUAUCCGAUGCAAUUCGAGGAGGAGACGUAGAUAUUGUUGAAACCUUACUUCAACACGGGGCCAAACCUUGCUCAGAAACAUUAUCAGCUUUCAGCCACCACAAGCGCGACAAGAUAAUCUUCGAAGUGCUGCUCAAACAUGGUCUACUGCAUGAACUUGCUGGCUUCCAGAAUCCUUUAAUUCUCUGGGCUGUCAAACAUCGUUUCCAUUUGCUGGUUGAAAUUUUGGUCGAGCAGAAUGUUGAUAUCAACUUGAGAGACAGUCAAGACGGCGACACUCCGCUGUUAGUCGCAAUGGCCAAUGGCGAUCACGAAAUAACUAAGCUGUUGAUUGAAAAAGGAGCCGAUCUUGAAGUCCAAGAUAAACACGGUCGAACACCUUUGUUGAAGGCGGCCGAGCAAGGGGAAGAGGCAUUGGUCCAGCUUCUGCUUGAUAAAGCUGCAAAUAUAAGGAGUGAAGAUGACAUGGGUCAGACAGCACUAUUCUGUGCCCUUCGAAACGGACACAAAGCGAUUUGCUUGCUGCUACUGGGCCAGGAUCCAGCCCUUUUCAAUGUCCGCGACAAAUUCGGCCGCAGCCCACUUCUGUUGGCUGCAGAGAUGGGGCUUGACACACUCAUGGAGCUUCAACCGAGCGAAAUGAUUAGUAACAGGGAGCUCACAGAUAUUAUCUGCAGUGAGAUCGCCAUUACUCGUCAAAGCAUAUGCUUAUGUGGUGGUAGUAUUUCAGCAGAUGAAGGUACAGCAUUGAUGGCAUGGGCGGUAGCAAAUGAUCACCUGGCUGUGGUUGAAGCUUUACUUGAAGCAAACAUCAACUGCGAGCGUGGGGAUGACCAGGGUCGGUCUCCAUUUAUACAGGCAAUUGCUCAUGGCCAUCUGGCCAUCGUGAAGACCUUUCUGGAGAGACAUCAUGAUCUCAAUGAACAAGAUAGGAUAGGAGGAUCUGCACUCUCAUGGGCAUUUUACCGGGUUGACGAGGCAAUUAUUCAGCUUCUCCUGGAAAAAGGAGCCGAUCCAAAUGCAUACACUGAACCUACUCCACCUAUUCCAUGCAUGUAUCGAUCUUAUUCACAGAUGCCACCAUUAUUAUCGGCGGCCAACAUGGGACUUGAGAGAGUUGUGAAGUUACUUUUGCAGAACGGUGCCAGCCCAGGGAUCACCAUCGUUGAAGAGGCAAACGUAAUGCACUCCGAUGGAAAGCAAUCAACACCAAAAUAUUACAAAUCAAGUGCAUUAUCCUUGGCCGUCAGUGGACGCCAUUACAAGAUUGUCGAGAUGUUGCUGGCUCACGGUGCCGACAAUGAUCAAUGUCACACCAGCCUAGAGGAGGCGAUGAGGGUUGGAUACCGAGAGCUCGCCUUCAUCUUAACGAAGAGAAUCGGAACGAAUUGGCUUAUCGAUGAACAUGGACAGUCUCUUAUUUUUAGAGCAGCCUAUCACGGACAUGUUGGAAUUGUGCAAGGUCUGCUCGACAGUGGAAUAGAGCCAGACACUCGAUCGACAUCCCACUUGAUAUUUCUAGGGGGCGGAGUCAAAGCGAAUCGUGACACUACCCCGUUACUCAUCGCCGCACAGAGAGGUCAUGACAGAAUUGUUCAACUCUUGCUGGAAAGAGGCGCCGACCCAAACGUCAAUUCACCUCUGCGUCAUGCGCUUGACCGAGGACAUGGAAGCGUAGUUGAAAUGCUAUUGCUGCAUGGGGCUGAUCUGGAUAUCAACAAAGAUGGUGUUUCCUUACUGUUGAAAGCAGCCCAAAAAGGCCUUGCUGAUGUGGUGAAGAUUUUGCUGAAAAGCGGCGCUUUGCCAGCGACUUGGCCAGAGCCGGAAACUUGCUAUCAAAAGCACCCGCUCUUUGAGGCAGUGUCCCGGCAUCAUACGGACGUCGUCAAGGCCUUCUUGGACGGUGGACAGAAACAGGAUCGAGUUCAAUGGUACAGCUAUUGA